AUGGGAAUCUGCUCCAAAUCUUCAUGCACCCGUCAGUAUCACUUGGUGUUUGAGUCUAAAACCUGGACUGAAGCUCAGAGAUACUGCAGACAGAAUUACACUGAUCUGGCCACCAUUGAGAACAUGGAAGAAAUGAAGAGACUCAUUAAAACAGUACGUGGAACUUUCCAUGGAAGACCAAAUGCUACUGGGCAUUAUGUGGUUAUUUACUAUCACAAAACCUGGAAUGAGGCUCAGACUUACUGCAGAGAACAUCACACAGACCUCGUCAGUAUCAGGAAUGAGACUGAAAAUUUCAGGGUUCAGUCAUUAAUUCCCUAUUCUUCAGUUGUUUGGAUUGGACUGUACAGAACCAGAUCUUGGUCAGAUCAGAGCAACUCUUCAUUCAGUAACUGGAGUGCAGGACAGCCAGAUAAUGCUGGAAACAGUGAAUACUGCACUGCAGUGUCAUUUAGUGACUCUGGGAACUGGACAGAUGAAAACUGCAACACUGCAUUACCUUUCAUUUGCUACAGAGCAUUAGCAUCAUCUCAUCAGUAUCACUUUGUGAAUGAGUCUAAGACCUGGACUGAAGCUCAGAGAUACUGCAGACAGAAUUACACUGAUCUGGCCACCAUUGAUAACAUGGAGGAAAUGAACAGGCUGAUUAACACAGUUAAUGAGAGUUACAAUGAUUCAGCCUGGAUUGGACUGUAUGAUGAUGUGAACAGCUGGAGAUGGUCACUGGAAGACAAUGUCUUAGGUAAAGAAAACUCCUCUCAGAAGUAUGUUUGGAUAUAUGAGCAUAGGACCUGGACUGGAGCUCAGAGCUACUGCAGAGAGAAAUACACAGACCUGGCCAGUGUGAGGAAUGAGAUAGAACAUCAACAGAUACUGAAUGCGUCAUCUUGA